CUGACGGAGCGAGCGGCGGCUGCUUCUCCGGCGGGCGGAGGUCGCUCGGAGUCCGGACGCCGCCGCCUUCGCCUUCCCGGAGCGCACCGGACGCCGGGUCAGAAAAAUCAGCAUAUAGAGAGCCAACCGAAACUACGGAAGAAAAAUCCUGACCUUUUGCCGAAAUGCGUUUGAGCCGUAGACUGUGGUUAAUGCCGUAGUUGUGCCAGCAAAAGAAGUUUCUAGGCCCUGAUAAAUUGUUGAUCUUUCUGUAAUCAAGUCAAUUUUUGUCAUCCCUGCCAAUUUUGACUUCUUCAGCAACCAUUCUUCCAUUCCUGGAAGGCUCUGAAGCCCUCGAAAAUCCCACCGUCAAUGAAGGAAGAAACCGCCUUGGAUUUUCAAGUGUGGGCGAGGUCCUGAUUCUCUCCCAACAUGCGUAAGGGGGCACCCAAGGACCCGGAUAUCGCCGACCUCUUCUACAAAGAUGAUCCUCAGGAGCUGUUCAUGGGUUUACAUGAAAUCGGGCAUGGAAGUUUUGGAGCGGUUUAUUUCGCCACCAAUGCCCACACCAACGAAGUGGUGGCAAUCAAGAAAAUGUCUUACAGCGGAAAACAGACUAACGAGAAAUGGCAGGAUAUCAUCAAAGAAGUACGGUUCCUGCAACAGCUGAAGCACCCCAACACCAUAGAAUACAAAGGCUGCUAUUUGAAAGAACAUACCGCCUGGCUAGUGAUGGAAUACUGCCUGGGAUCCGCUUCAGAUCUGUUGGAAGUACAUAAAAAGCCGCUCCAGGAAGUAGAAAUUGCUGCCAUUACCGACGGUGCCUUGCAGGGACUUGCGUAUCUUCAUUCCCAUUAUAAAAUUCACAGGGAUAUUAAAGCAGGAAAUAUUCUUCUAACAGAACCGGGCCAAGUGAAACUAGCAGACUUCGGCUCUGCUUCUAUAGCCUCUCCUGCCAAUUCUUUCGUGGGAACCCCUUACUGGAUGGCUCCGGAGGUGAUCCUGGCUAUGGAUGAUGGACAGUAUGACGGGAAGGUCGACGUUUGGUCGCUUGGAAUUACCUGCAUCGAGUUAGCCGAGCGGAAACCUCCCCUCUUCAAUAUGAAUGCAAUGAGUGCCUUAUAUCACAUCGCCCAGAACGACUCUCCCACGCUACAGUCCAAUGAGUGGACAGACUCUUUUAGAAGAUUUGUUGAUUACUGCUUGCAGAAAAUACCUCAGGAGCGUCCGUCGUCGUCAGAACUUUUGAGGCACGAAUUUGUACGAUGCGAGCGUCCGUCCAGGGUCCUGAUAGACCUGAUUCAAAGAACCAAGGAUGCAGUCCGGGAGUUGGAUAACCUUCAGUCUCGGAAAAUGAACAAAAUCCUGUUCCAGGAGGUGUUCAAUGGCCCUCUGAACGAGUCCCAGGAAGACGAGGAGGACAGUGAGCAUGGGACAAAGCUGACUAGGAAGAUGGACAGUCUGGGCAGCAAUCACUCCAUCCCCAGCAUGUCUAUCAGCACAGGGAGUCAAAGCAGCAGUGUCAACAGCAUGCAGGAGGUAUUGGAGGAGAGCAGUUCUGAGCUGCUUUUGGUGCAUGAUUCCGCUUCCUCUGUUGUGAUGAAGAAGGAUCAUGUAUUCAUAAGGGAUGAGGCGGGCCAAGGGGAGCGCAGGCCUGAACUGCGGCCUACUCAUUCGGUCCAGAAUCAGGCCCUCCACUACAGGAACAGAGAAGCCUUUGCCACAAUCAAAUCAGCAUCAUUGGUUACAAGGCAGAUCCAUGAGCAUGAGCAGGAGAACGAGUUGCGGGAACAGAUGUCAGGAUAUAAACGGAUGCGGCGCCAGCACCAGAAGCAGCUGAUCGCCCUGGAAAACAAGCUGAAGGCUGAAAUGGACGAACACCGCCUCAAGCUGCAGAAAGAGGUGGAGACCCAUGCCAACAACUCGUCCAUUGAACUGGAGAAGCUAGCCAAGAAACAGGUGGCCGUCAUAGAGAAGGAGGCUAAGACAGCGGCAGCAGAUGAGAAGAAGUUCCAGCAACAGAUUUUGGCUCAGCAGAAGAGGGAUCUGACCAAUUUCUUAGAAAGUCAGAAGAAGCAAUACAAGAUUUGCAAAGAAAAGAUUAAAGAGGAGAUGAACGAGGAUCACAGCACACCCAAGAAGGAGAAGCAGGAAAGGAUCUCCAAACACAAAGAAAAUCUGCAGCACACACAGGCUGAAGAAGAGGCGCAUCUUCUCAGCCAGCAGAGACUCUACUACGACAAAAACUGCCGUUUCUUAAGCGGAAACGUGAUCCGAAGGCAUGAGUUGGAGCAGCAGAAUAUUCGUGAGGAGCUGAACAAGAAGAGAACCCAGAAGGAGAUGGAACAUGCCAUGCUAAUACGGCACGACGAGUCGCGGGAGUUAGAGUACCGGCAGCUGCAUUUGCUGCAGAUGCGUUAUGGACUUGACCGGCUGCAGCACCAGACGGAACUUGAGAACCAGCUGGAGUAUAACAAGCGGCGGGAAAGAGAGCUGCACAGGAAGCACGUCAUGGAGUUGCGGCAACAGCCGAAGAAUCUGAAGGCCAUGGAAAUGCAGAUCAAGAAGCAGUUCCAAGACACGUGCAAAGUGCAAACUAAGCAGUACAAAGCACUCAAGAAUCACCAGCUGGAAGUGACUCCAAAGAGUGAGCACAAAACUAUUUUGAAAAGCCUGAAGGAGCAGACGAGGAAGCUGGCCAUCCUGGCGGAGCAGUACGAGCAGAGCAUCAAUGAAAUGAUGGCGUCGCAAGCGCUGCGGCUAGACGAGGCUCAGGAAGCAGAAUGCCAAGCCUUGAGGCUGCAAUUGCAGCAAGAGAUGGAACUGCUCAACGCCUACCAGAGCAAAAUCAAGAUGCAGACAGAAGCACAGCACGAACGGGAGCUCCAGAAGUUGGAGCAGAGGGUGUCCUUGCGCAGAGCACAUCUGGAGCAAAAGAUUGAAGAGGAGUUGGCCGCCUUGCAGAAGGAACGUAGCGAGAAGAUCAAGGUUUUGUUGGAAAGGCAAGAGCGAGAGAUCGAAACUUUUGACAUGGAGAGUUUACGGAUGGGCUUCGGGAACUUGGUGACAUUAGAAUUUCCUAAGGAGGACUACAGAUGAGAUUAAAUUCCUUUGGCCAUUUCUCCCACCCCCCACCCCCCAAAAAAAACAUAACAAAACAACACACACGAAACCACGAAGCAAAAAUGCAAACCAAGGAGAGAAACAAAACAAGGGGAAAGUAUCUCAAGCCCACCCCGUCCCCAAGUUAAUGGCCGUGCUCGCUCUCUCUUUCUGUCUGUUACUGACGACCCUCGGACUUAGUGCCUGUAUAAUUUUAAUCGAUCAGGGCCUCCCCCUUCCCACCGAUGUCUCAUUUGGAGCUGGACCAUGCUUGGCUGUCUCUGUUAACUUCAUAACGUCUCACAAAUUAUCAAUCAGUGUCUCUCUGUGCAAAGCCAUUUCGGUUUUUUUUCUUCUUUCUUCUUUUCUUUUUUUUCUUUUCUUUUUUUUAAAAAUUUAAAUUUAAAUAUUUUUUUUUUCCUUUCCGAUUAACCUUUCGGUGCAAAACUUUUGGAGACCGUUCCGAUGAAUCCCAACUAUCCAACCAACCAAUCAGCAUGUCAACCGCCAAAAAAAAACAAAAAACCCGGAAGUGUUCAGGUUUUGCUUUUCGGGCGAAUCGUUUUCCACCAAGUCAAUGAAAAAGGAAAAAACCACACACACCAGACAAGCAAAAACAAGAAGAAGCCGACAAAAUUCAGAAGGAACCCGCCAAAACAGGAAAAAACCCUCCGAAUAAAUAGCAUCUCUCUUCUUCUUCUUUUUUUUUUCUCUUCUUUCCAGAAAAACAGAAAUUUCAAAAAGGAAACAAACAGAGAAAAAAGCAUUCAGCUUUUUCCCGUGCCCCUGGCGAAAGGGGGAGAGGAAAAAAAAUAAGUCAAAAUAACGUACGCGGAGAUCUCGCAGCCUUACUAUUCAUCCGCUGCUCCAUCGUUUUUUUUAUUUUUUUCGUUCUCGGGUUUUUGUUACCAUUUCCUUUUUUUUUAAUUAAUUUGAUUCAAUUCGAUUUCUUUUAUUAUUUUCCUUUCCGUCUCGAAUUCAUCAGGAAUACAGAAAAUUCCGUGGAAAUAAUAAAACCGUUUUAAGGAAGAGAAAUUUGAUAACCUUUUGCAGAAAAAAAUAAUAAUAUAAUGAUAAUGAUGAUGAUGAUAUAAUAAUAAUAAUGACGAAUUCUGAAUUGUGGUGUACAUAUCAAUGGUCGACAUUACUUCGUGGGUGGGGAGGAAAGGGUGGGGGGGUUGAAAAGAGGGAGAGCGUGAUUUUUUUUUUAAUUUAAAUUUUUCUUUCUUCUUUUUUUUUUCUUUUCGGAAAGGGCAAGGCCGGGCCAGCGGGGUGGGUGUUGGGGGUACAGGCCUUGGCCUUGGCUUUUGGCACAUUCUUGAUUGUAUCAUAAUCAUUUUCUGCUGUCGCAGAGGAUGUGAAUACACUUAAAAUAAUAAUAAUAAUGAAAUAAUAAUAAUAAUAAUAAAAUUUAAAAAAACAAAAAAGAAGGAGGCCAGAGGAUUCCCAGAGCACAAAUUGGGCCUUCUCAAAAUUGUGUAUUUUGUGUAUAGAAGAAAUUUAAGGAGAAAUUUACUUAUUUUCAUAUUGUAUUUUAACUGUUUCUCUGAUCAGAAGUUUUUUUACUACCUAAUCUUCCUGUUCCUCGAUCCCGUUCCAAGCCACGCCAACCUCCUUCCUCCCCGGGCCUCUCCUCCUUCCCCCCCGCCUCUUUUUCCAAGUCAAUCUUUGAAGUUGAACACUGUCUAUCAAAUCACAUCACCUUGACCCUCUUCCCCCCCCCCUUCUUGCUCUCUUCCUGGUCCUUGACCUUCGCCCCCCCCUCGCCCCGCCCCUUCUUCCCCAUCCCCGAUAAUCUUGGUCAUAAAUAUUGCAUUAUUCACUCUUUCAAACUGUGUAUUUUCUUACAAUAAAAACGGUUUUAAAAAGGUC